UACUUGAGGAUCUCUAUUUAGGCUUCUCUCUGACCAAAGUGCGCGCGCAUUCAACGGAAGACGUGCAGUGCAAUGCGUGAACACGACGAGACCAGGGGGAAGUGAUAAGUGAUCCGCGCAGUUUUUUUGAUGAACGUACGACCACAUGUGUUAUGGCAUCAACUCAGGAAUAAUUAUACGUCGCAGUAUUGCUCUUGUAGGCCUUCUUCUUCUUAUAGAAGAAGAAGUGAACGCGACAAACGCGUAAGUGCAUGAACAAAAUAGCUUCAACAAAAAUUCAAAAAUACAAUAACAUUAUGUUUGCAUAUAUAUAUAUACCACAGACCCAAAAAUAUCGUCUGUGCCUACAGCAGAUAUUUACAAAUUUAAUAUUGAUAAUUAUGAUUCCAAAACUGAUACAUAUAAAAAAAAGACUGAUAAAUUAAUACUGCCUGAUGGAAAAAAACAAACUUGUCAAGUUUUAAAGUUAGGAGAUACAGAAGCAGCACUCAAGAUGAAAUUAAGUGAAAAAAGAGUUCGAGUUCCAAAAUUAACAACGUCUAUAGUUCAUGAUAAUGAUGAAUCUUUGACUGAUGACUCAGUCAGGAAAAGGAAAAUGAAAUCAGUAAUAUUAUUAAAAGAAGAAAGCCAUUUUUUACCCCAAAAAUGACGACCGUUAAUACUUGUACGAAAACAAAGGACGAAGCAAUGUCGCAGCACUUAAAUAACGUGCAAGAAAGCAAUCGUACCUCAUUAUUGGAAUUAGAUACAAUAAAUAUAAGUCCUUAUAUUAAUUUUAAUUCCGAUACGGAAACGGAUUCAUCAGAUACAAGUAAAUCUUUGCAUAAAAAUACAGACAAAAAUAAUCUGUCAAAAGGUCCAAUAUUAUCUAGACCAUAUCUAAAGAAGAGACUGAAACAAUCUCGACUUGCAUUUUAUCCAAUCAAGAAUUCAAAUAUUUCAAAGCAGCUUAACAUGCGAUGUAAAGCUGACAGAGCAAAGUUAAAAGGCAGGGAUUACUGGGAAUGUAGAGAAUAUUAUAAGACUUUGUCGUUGUCAGAAAAAGAAUUACAAAAACGUAAAAAUCAAUGCUCACGACAUCGACAAAUAUGAGCGACCAAAUACACCAGAAGGUUUUUGGGAUCCGGAGUUUCCCGAGACAGAUUCAUCAUGACAGAAUUAUCAUGACAGAAUAAUUAUAACUGAAAUGUUUCGUCAUUUGAAUCUGAUUCUCAAGGCUUCAUUGCGACUCGAGAUUGAUCAAGAGCUUUGUAAAAAAUCUACAAAGGAGACUAAUACUUCUAUUAUUGCUGCUUAUAUAAGUGCAUCUAAGCAGCGGUCGUUACAUUCCAGUGCUGAUCAUGAGAAUGAAGCAUCCAAUGUUUCUAAUAAUAAAGAAGACAAGUGUUCAAGUAAUGAUUUACUAAAAGAAAAACAAAAAGAAUUAGAUGAAUGUUUACUGAAACUGAAACAUGCUGAAAACAGAGCAAAGCAUUGGGAAGAACAAUAUAAUACUUUAAAAGAAUCUGGAAAUUACAACCUUACCGAAAAGACCGGAAAAGAUAUCGUUACUAUCUUAGAAACGAUCAGCAACCGUACGAUUCAUGAUGAUAUUGGUGAUAAUGCACCUCAAUAUGAGAAUAAAAUUAAUGCGUUUAAAGAACGAACAACCCAUAUAGGAAAUGAUGUUUGGAUACCUACAAUGAUUUACGAGGAACUUAUGCGUGAGAAAGAGUUCACUUCAUUCAUAAAAAGUGCAUGCUAUGCUGUCUGGGGACCCGGCAAGCUGGCUGAACGUUCUGUGCGUGAACAACGUAAUGUUAAGGAACCGACAUUAACUCCUACUAAAAAAAGUGCAGUUUCAUCAUUGUUUUGCCAUUGGAUGAGAGAUAAGAGACAUAUGCCGCAGACUUUUAUUGAGGAGCAAAUGAAUAGAACUAAACUGAACAAAUACUUCAACGGGGCAAUUUCAGCAGCCAGGAAGAAAAUUAAUUACAAGACCAUAAAAACGCCCAAUCCUGAAGUGACACAAAAAAAGAACCCUACAACUGAACAUUUACAAAAUUUGGAAGUUUCUGGAGACGACAAGUCAGAUAGUGAGCAUUCCUGCUCUCAGAGUUCGGAAGCGAGCUGUGAUUAAUGUAAAGUUUAUAUAUGAGUCAGAAAUAAUUUUUUUGUUUUCCUUUUAUUUACAGCCAAAGCGUACUUUAAGGGGUUGCGCACAAUGAAAGGAAUAGGGAACAAGGAACAGAGAAUAGGAAACAGUUCAAUAUUAAUGUUCUCUGUUCCUUGUUCCCUAUUCCUUUCAUUGUGCGCUAAGUGUGUUCGUAAAACGUGCAAUUUAAUCAAAGUAUUUUGUGAUUUAGUUUAAUAUAUGUACGUUGUUUUUUUUUUAUAUGAACUACUUUUAUAUAAACUACAGUUAACACUUCUUGUAUAACAUAUAGAUACAUAAUACUAAAUAUUUUUGUUUUAUGAUCAAUGUAAACCUACAAAAUUGUAAGUGUUCACACAAUAUUUUUAGGAUCUUAUUCGUAAAAUCCAUGUAAAAAGCAUCUAAACAAUUUUUGUGUUUUUAAAUUCAUUAGUCCUUAAGCUCGGAUGUCUCGAGAGUUUUCUGCUCUUAGAAUCUUUGGAUUUUGAAAUCUUGGAUCCCCGUACAUGUAGGAAACACAUUGCCUCAAGAACUUAUGUCCCUUAAUUAUAAUUCCCUUAGUCUUAGAAUAUUUUGCAGAAAAGUUGGAUUAUGGAAAUUUUGAUUAUAUAUUUUGUAUUUUUUUAUAUAUUCAAUUAUAUAUUUGAUAAAGCCUAUUAAGAUCUCGUAGUAUCGAGCGCUGCGCAUAAGAGACAGAUCUUGCAUUCAAGAGUUUAUUUCCUAAUAAAUUGUUUUUGUAUACCAACGAUGCACACGUUUGCGUUAAUCCGUUAAUAUGUUACGUUACAUCGGAGAGUUUGGCGUCAUUGUUCUACGAGGACGUUCCGGUAAAUUGACCUGUGUGUUUGUAAAUCUUGCAUAAGCAAGUGAUCUCAACAUGUAUGUAUGUAUGUAUGUAUACUGAAUAAAGUUUAUUAAAAUUAUUACGUA